AUGAGUGAUUCUGUAAAGAUUUCAAAAGAGGUUCUUAAGGAGGUCCUUCCUGUUGAUCCAGGAAAGGGUAAAAGAGUCAGCGGUAAGAAUUGGAAAGUUGAGAAAAAUGCAUUUAGAAUCAAAUCGCUAGGUGUUAAGUCAUCAUGGCAAAAGAAGCAAGAGCAAAGGGCGAAAGAGCAGCAAGACAAGGCUAAAUUGAAGGAGUUACAAGCAGAGAAGGAAGAGGAAAGGAAGGCAAGGAUAAACAAGAUCAAGGAAAGACGUGCUAAGAAGGCCGAAGAGGAGAGAUAUGAAAAAUUGGCCCAAGUUAUGCAUGCCAAGAGGGUAGAGAGACUAAAGAGAAGGGAAAAGAGAAACAAACUGCUGAAGGAACGCUGA